CCUUGCUCUCUCUCUCUCUCUCUCUCUCUCUCUCUCUCUCCUUCUGGGCCUCUGUCUUUCUGCCUGUCUCCCACCACUGCCAACACCUCUUCUGUCUGGUCCCUCGAGCUGGUCGCUCCCCCUCUAGGUGAAGAUGUCAGCCCAGGAGAGCUGCCUCAGCCUCAUCAAGUACUUCCUCUUCGUUUUCAACCUCUUCUUCUUCGUCCUAGGCAGCCUGAUCUUCUGUUUCGGCAUCUGGAUACUCAUCGACAGGACCAGCUUCGUGUCCUUUGUGGGCUUGUCCUUCGUGCCCCUGCAGACCUGGUCCAAGAUCCUGGCCAUCUCAGGAAUCCUCACCAUGGGUCUGGCGCUCCUGGGUUGUGUGGGAGCCCUCAGGGAGCUGCGCUGCCUUCUGGGCCUGUAUUUUGGGAUGCUGUUGCUCCUGUUUGCCACGCAGAUAACCCUGGGAAUCCUCAUCUCCACUCAGCGGAUCCGGCUGGAGCGAAGGGUGCAGGACCUCGUGCUGGAGACCAUCCGAAACUACCGCAGCAACCCCGAGGAAACAGCGGCGGAGGAGAGUUGGGACUAUGCGCAGUUCCAGCUGCGCUGCUGCGGUUGGCACUCUCCGCAGGACUGGUUCCAAGUACUCAUCCUUAGAGGCAACGAGUCGGAGGCGCAUCGUGUGCCCUGCUCCUGCUAUAACUCGUCGGCAGCCAACGACUCCGCAACCUUCGAUAAGGUUUUCUUCUCCCAGCUCAGCCGGCUCGGACCGCGGGCGCGGCCCAGGCACAGUGCCGACCUCUGCGUGGUGCCUGCAAAUGAUCACAUCUACCACGAGGGCUGCGCUCAGAGUCUCCGGAAGUGGCUGCACAACAACCUCAUCUCCAUAGUGGGCAUUUGUCUGGGCAUCGGUUUACUCGAGGUGAGUGUGAUGGUGCUGAGCCUGCAACUACAGUGCAAAGCGCUCCGCCGAAAACCCGAGCAGCAAGUGCCGGGCGCCGACGGUUCGAACCCCACGCCCGGCUUGAGUGCUGAUGGCAGUGGCGGUCGCUGUGGCGUGCUCAGCAGUAGCAGCGGGCGUAGCAGCACCCCGUGGGGUAGCAGGGGAAUGGCGGGUGCGUGUCCGAACUGGGGAGGCAAGGCCCCACAGAGCAAACUGCCCAUGGCCUUGGGGCCCUGAAUGCUUUGGAAUCAAGAUGAGGAGCAACCUGAGACGCGGAGCGGGAGCACAGAAGUGGAGGCCGAGGCAGAGGGAGAGACAGAUGAGCUUCUAGAAUAAACGACCCUGGGCUUGCUUUUGUCCUUAACUCCUUCUCAGACUCGACCUCUACCCCACCUCCACCCAACUCCCCAUCCACUGCAGCUGGACUUCCCCUACCCAUCUGUUCCCGUCCGCAUCACUGCCCAUCAGCCUGCCAUCCUCGGGCUCUCGAACCCCGCCCAUAUUCUACCUACUCCCUUAGUUCUAGGAGCCUCAGUUUUUUCCCCUGGCUCCCAAUCCGACUUCUCUCUCAGGGGUCCUCAUCGCCCCCGGUCACCGGCACCCCUUUGCCAUCU